CUUGCACCGUAUCCGUACAAGGAUGAAUUAAAAUGUAUGACUAUUCAGUCAGGAGUACCAUCAACAAGGGAGAUACUGUACAGUAGGAGUAACUUUCUGUCACUCCCCUAGGUACUGUAGGAGUCACUCCCUUAUCACCAAGCUAAUUUUCAUUCCUGCCAUACUGGAAUGUGGAAAGGGAAGAAAAACAAGUUCAACACUUACAUACAGUAGCUAUAUUGAUGUGCCAGUAGGCAUUGGGUUUGAUGUCCUUCAAUCAGGAAACAUCAGGCUAGAAAAUAGAAAUACAUCAAGCUGACCUGUACGGUCACCCUACGGAACAUCCAAAUGAAAAGCAUUGUAAAAUCUAAAUAGCUCUGCAGAUGUGAUGGAAACACAGCAUAUCCUGGUCUGGCGUAUUUGUCUGAUCCUGGCCCUCUUGCCCCACUCACACCAAUGCCUGUCAGUGCAUUUCCAGAACAAGGGUCUCCUUUAUGUGGCUCCGGGGAGAGACCUGGUCCUGCGGGCCCAGUUCCAGAUUACACCAACAGAGAAGAUCAUCAUGGUGAUUUGGGACCGCCAGACUGAGAAGGGUCAGGGACAGGUCAGGCUGGCCGAUCACCAAGAAGCACCUGGCAAUCCUCUAGACCAGAAGGGGGCCUUAUUUAGGGUGGAGAAUAUAAGUUCAUCUAACUUUGGAGUCUACACCAUCACUGUGACUGACCAGAUGGGGAACGAGCAAUCAGCAAAUAUACUUGUUAGAGAGAUUGUUUCUGCUCCUGUGGCGUCUUUGUCGCUCCAGUGUGAGGUGGCCAAUGACAGGGCACAGUGGGACAGCCCUGUGUUUUCCUGGUUGGUGGAUGGGGUAGAGCUGUCCAAUCAGACAGCCAAUCUCUCUGCAGAUGGCAGGAGACUCUACGUGUCCGGAAUGAAGGGCCACAACUACACCUGCGUUGUCAACAGCAGUCUGGGGACAAGUGUCACAUACUACAUCACUGAUUCUCCUACACCAUCCCAAAGUAACCAAUUCUGGAAGAUUGGUAUACUAUUGGCCAUCAUCAUAGUGCUUCUAAUCACAUGUGGAUAUCUCUCCUGGAAAUGCGUACAGCGGAGGACGACUGGGACUAUAUGACCUUAGGAGGUCCAUCGCGUUCCAUUAUCAGUCUUAUUUAUGACACUUUGUUACACACUGCACGAUCACACAAGUCUUUGGCACAUGCGGAGACAGUGAUAUGAGGAGUUUAAGGUAAUAUUCUAUUGCAACAAGUCACACUAAAAGACCAAAUAUCAUUCCUAUCAAGAGCUGUGGCCCUAUUCACCAUCAAUCAAAUAUAUUGAUAUGCCUAUUUAUCAAAUUAAAAUUGUAUUGGUCACAUACACAUAUUUAGCAGAUGUUAUUGCGGGUAUAGCGAAAUGCUUGUUAUUGGUGUAUUUAUAUGCCUAUUUGUGGUAUUUAUUUAUGCAGUGUCCACACAUAUAUUUGGACUAAUUAUAUCUUUGAAUCUUUUGUUUUUAAAGUACUGUAUGCCAUCACAUUUACAUUGUGCACAUGUACAAAUACUUUCAAAUUAACCUAAACUUAAACCUACUUUUGUGAUGCCUAUGUAUUCUAUAAAGCAAAUGGGGGAAAAAUGCACAUUAUUGUGACGGUGCAUGUGUGCAUUUAACCUAUUUCGUAACCUGUGAGGAAAUCUUUGUAAGAGUCCACUUUGCCACACUUCCAUAGGAGACAGUGAAGAGACAUAGAAACACAGCACCUAUUUAAUAGCGCCAUCCACUGGCUGGUUUUAGAAAUUCCUCUAUUCAUAAUAACACUUCAAGGUGCAACUUUGGUUUUAGAAGUGGGGGGCGUCUGCAUGGUCAUGGUCCUACCUGACCGCUCGGAGGCGUCUGCAUGGUCCCAAAGAACACUGUUGCCUCGUUUUAUAUGACAUUCUAAAUGACAAAACUGGGGGGGACAAAAAAGCUAAUUCAGAAUGUGGGGGGGGACAUUUUGUUCAUGGAUGUCAUUGUCAUUCACAGAGAACUUGAAUUGAAAAUACUGUAUUGUUAAUUGUUUUUGCAAAUGUAGAUAAGUUGAUUUAAUUAAAGUCGCAAUCCAGUCUCCUUUUCACCUGAUUUACUUAACAAACGGCACUUUGUGGUCCAGGUAUGUUCAUGACAUAGCACAAGUGGAAGGUGGGCCUUUCUACAUUUGUUCUCUAUUGCUCCUCUAUUGUUUCUGCAAGCAAAAGGGGAGACCGAUGACAUUAGAGGGCACUAUCAGCCCAGCUCCUUGAAUGGCCUACUCCAAGCACGAACCACCGCAUUUAACCUUGGCAAGGUGACGGGGAAUAUGGUAGAAUACAAAUAGAGUAGUUCCCUCCGCAAGGCAAUCAAACAGGCAAAACAUCAACAUCGAAACAAAGUUUAGUCGCAAUUCAACAGCUCAGACAUGACACAUAUGUGGCAGGGUUUACAGACAAUCACGGACCACAAAAGGAAAACCAGCCACGUUGCCGAGACCGCCGUCUGCACCCAGACAAACUAAACACGCUCUUUGCCCGCUUUGAGGACAACACAGGGACACCGACGCGGCCAGGUACCAAGGACUGUCGGAUCGCCAUGGCCGACGUGAGUAAGACAUUUAAACGUGUUAAUCCUCGCAAGGCUGCCAGCCCAGACGGCAUCCCUAGCUGCGUCCUCAGAGCAUGCGCAGACCAGCUGGCUGGUGUGUUAACGGACAUACUCUCCCUAUCCCAUUCUGCUGUCCCCACAUGCUUCAAAAUGGCCACCAUUGUUCCUGUAGCCAAGAAUGCAAAGGUAACUGAUCUAAAUGACCAUCGCCCCAUCCUGACAUGACCCUCCAGCAUGACAAUGCCACCAGCCAUACUGCUCGUUCUGUGCGUGAUUUCCUGCAAGACAGGAAUGUCAGUGUUCUGCCAUGGCCAGCGGAGAGCCCGGAUCUCAAUCCCACUGAGCACAUCUGGGACCUGUUGGAUCGGAGGUUGAGGGCUAGGGCCAUUCCCCCAGAAAUGUCCGGGAACUUGGUAGAAGAAGGGGUAAGAUCUCACAGCAAGAACGGGCAAAUCUGGUGCAGUCCAUGAGGAGGAGAUGCACUGCAGUACUUAAUGCAGCUGGUGGCCACACCAGAUACUGACUGUUACUUUUAUUUUGACCCCCCCCUUUGUUUCAGGGACACAUUAUUCCAUUUCUGUUCGUCACAUGUCUGUGGAACUUGUUCAGUUUAUGUCUCAGUUGUUGAAUCUUGUUAUGUUCAUACAAAUAUUUACACGUUAUGUUUGCUGAAAAUAAACGCAGUUGACAGU